AUGCUUAUUUACGUCAACGGCAGCAGUGGCAGCAUCGACAUCACCAUUGACGAUGCUGUAGUAGAGCAACGCGCUGCCGGUCUGUCGUCCACGUCGCUGUCCUACCUCCAUAACCCGAAACGCCGGACAAGUAAUGGUGUAGAGAACAAAGAUGAAAUAUACUCGUGUGCUCAGCUGGAAGCACGCCAACAACAGAAAUCAACAACCGGCGAGGCUGUUGUUCCGGAUCUAACAGCACAGCCAGCGGCCGCAAUCUGCAAGCCGGCAUCGAUCGUUGUGAAGAAUAGCAGUAGUGAUAAAGUGCUCAAGGAAAAUAUUAACCAUAGCAAUACGGUUGUCAGUGAUCUUGGCGAUAAACCGCAGCUGAAACCGAAGAAAACGCCCAGUGAAGUGCAACAACUCACAGAACUGCAUAACGAUUCCAGAAAACUUGCCCCAACCCCGCUUGCUGCGACGAACACUGUAACAGCAGCAGUAGUGUCACGUCCAGUUUCAGUGACAGCCUCGAUUUUCAACUCAACAACAACUGUCACUGCUGCCAGCAGAAAGCAAAUCAACCCUCAAUCAACCUCCAGUAACAUCAGUAACUCAGCUGCUGCUUCACGUAAGGUACCUCAAUCGGUGACGGCCAAGUUGUUUGUGACACUUCCGAACAACAGCAACAACAACAAACCGAAACACGCCACCGAGAAGAUAUUCGCCCCUCGAACGGAAGAUAUGAACAAAGGGUUCUUGAUGUUCUCUGAAGAGGAGCCAGGAUUAACAAUGCUAAAAGAUGAGCCCGAUGAUCUAACGCAUCUGGCUCCGACGGCAGGUGACGCUUGCAUUCCGUUGGAAGAAACCGGUCCGUUCUUCAACGAUGUCUUCGACGAUUUUAUGAUUACCGAGAGUUACACCUCGCUGCUGCAGGACGAACUGAACUCCCUGGACAGUGCGGAAAGCCGACUUACGGGCGUAUCGUCACCUCUAUCGAUAAGCAGUGGAUGCGGCACAACCAACACAAGUAUCAUAACGUCACACUGCAACAGUCAUCAUCACAGCAGCAGUAAUUCGUCGGGGUCGAUCAGCUGCUCCUCAACUGCCUCGUCCCCGUCCUGUUCCUCAUCACCGAACUCCCUACUCUCGUCCACAUCUUCGUCAGCAGCGCAAAGUCACUCCCACCAGCAUCACCAUCACAGCCACAACCACCAAUCCUCACACCAACAUACGUCCUGUUCCUCCUCUCCCUCCGCCUCGAUUGCAUCCUCAUCCUUAACGACCAGUGGAAUCGGUUCGACGAUCGGUGGCAGCGCUGCCAGUUCACAAAUCUCGAUCGGAAGCAAUGGUAAUGGCUCCUCGACAACCAGCAAUAACAAUGACCCGUUCAUCAAUUAUCGCGAUGAAAUCAGUGAGAUCAGCCAUUCGCCGCAUUUACUGUCGCCCGGACUGUCCAAGAGCCCCGAAAGCAGCAGUAUACCGUCACUGUGCAGCCCCAACGGAUCGGCCUGUCCGGAGGAUGAGCUUGCAUUUAUGACCCUCAACAUGGAUGACGAUUUGGACCUGUCGAUGCGCGCCCCCUACAUAUCGAUGAGCGAGGUCGACGACCUGCCCCUGCUCACGUCGGACGAUUUGAUGUGGGGAGCCCCGCCGGCAGCUGUCGAUGGCAGCCAAUCGUCCACGUCCAGCUCCGCGUCUACCUCAGCAUCAUCCUCCCAUCAUCACAAGUUUUUGAUAAAGGAAGAAUUCCUACAGCAGCAACAGAGCCGCUCGGUUCAGCAGCAAGGUAGCCAAACGGAACUGGUCAGCGCCAAUAAGGCGGUGACAAACGAAGAUCUGGCCAACAAUAACGAAAACAAUUGCAAUAUCGGAAACAAAAUCAUCGACUCCAGUCUAGCAGCACUGCUCUGUGGGGGCAACGUAAUCAACAUUCAAACCUCGACAAUCCAACAAAUUCAGCAACAAAACAGCAAUGGUGGUAGACAACAGAUAGUCAUCCAACAGAAUCAGCAGCAGCAACAGCAGCAUUCGGUACUGCUGCCGGAAGUGCAUCGGGAAUCUCCUGCUCCGGCAAAUGGAAGCGGUGGUAGUGGGGCAAUUGUUGGAGAGAAGAAGAUUAAGCUGAUCGAGAAUGGUUUAGUGCAUCCGAUGGUUGUGAUAGCGCCCGGAUUUAAGAACAGUAACACUAUCGAGGCCUGGACCAUGAACGAUCUGCUGCAGCUACAAAGCGGAACGACUGGUGGCCAGACCACAACGGUAUCGACUGCAGCAACAACCAACGGAUCCGGAGUUGCCAAACCAACGAAUGUGAUCGCAUCGAUCGUACAAACGGCUUCAAAGAAGAGCAACAGUGCCACUGGAGCGACCCUGACAAAUAACAAAAGAUCGUUGGCCACUUCCGAGGGUUCAUCCACCGAUGGCAGCAGUAAAAGGGUCAAGUCAACCACUACGAUGGCCUCCUCAACUCACUCGCAGCAACAGCAAUCGACUACUUCCUCUUCGCCGCAGCUGCUUCAACAACUGAUGGCCCCGUCACCGAUUCCUGCCAAAGCCAAAAUCAAAUCCAAGGCCCUCCUGAACCAAUCUGAACGGUGGACAACCGGAGGCAAGGUUCACGGUUUGCAGCAGCAGUCCUCUAACUCGGUCCUCAUGAAUCUACUCGUUAGCGGUUGCGAUGUAAGUGCCGGGUACACGUGCUUUCCACGGCCCAGCAAAGCGGCCAAAGCCUAGCCCCCCGUUUUACCCCCCAUGGGUACCAUUUUACUCCGCACCUCCACCAACUGUCUAGUUCCCGCGAAGCUUCAUCUUGUUCGAAAAUGAGGCUGCAGAAUCGGAACUACUGCUAGCCCGUAAGAAAAAGUAAGGUCCAAUGAUGGCCCCGGUUUCGGAUUUGGUUCGUACGAAAUGAUCCAAUGCCGGCCAUCCAGGCCAUCGUUGGGCUCAAGUUUGCUCGUAAGAAGAAAAAAACCAUCUUGUCUUUAAUUAGCGUUAAAGAGACAAAACCAUUACUGUGAUAGUUGUUAUAAUUAUAGUUUAAACUCGUUAAUGCAAAAGUCAUCAUCAUCAUUAUAUUAUCGAUUGUUAGUUACGCCAGUGGAUGAAAAAAACAAAGCAAAUUAUUUAAGCCAAGCCACUACUAGUGCAUAGUGAAAUAGUUUUGUACGUGUUAAAUUUUAUAUUGUUUUAUUAGUUGAGUUGUUGAAAUCGAUGAAAACCAGUUCGAAGUCUUUUAUUUUUAUGGUUUUUUUUAGUUCACAAGAAUCCCACUGUUACAAACAAUUCGUAAUCGUACAGUUCUUAUGAUAAAAACAAAACAAAAUUGGGCUGAAAUUACAAAAAUCACACCGAAAAAACGGCAAAAUCACAAGUUUAUUAGUAUCAUAAUUAUUAUUAUUAUUUUAUUUCGAAUAACUAAAAAACUGUUGUCUUUGAACCAAUAAAACCAAUUACAGCAUUUCUUUUCUUUUAUUUUGUCUUGCUUUGGUCGUUUACUCCUGCUCCCCAGCAUUUAGUUUCCAACGAUAUUGGUAAACGUAAGAAAAAAUUGUGUACAAAUGAGAUAUAAAAUCUUAAUUCAAAACAAAAUAAAACGUGGAAACGCGUAACCACGAAGUGGCCCAAAAAAGUCCGCAAAAACAUCAAUGGAAAACAGGACAAGGACGGGCACAUUUGUGGCGAAUCGUUUCCAAGCGUUGAGCCCCCCGAUGGUACAAAUUUGAAAGUUUCAUAAAAUGAAAUACAACAAAAAAAUAAAUACAAAACAACAUUAACUACAUUCAAAUCAAACGAUUAAGAAGGUUGAUUCGCACGCGGAUGAAUGCGGUCGCAACGAGACUAGAAUCGAGCAUAGUCAGGAUGGAUUUUGUACGUACAUCUGGAGGCCAAAGUUGAUUAGGUACUGGAAAAGUGUUAUUAUUUCAGAUGGUUUUUGCUG